AUGGCUGCUCAGUGAUCUCUUUUUCUCUCUCUACUCUCUCUGUCUAGAUGAAUCCCGGAGGCUUCGCCAUCGCCGCUUUCGUAAUUUCCGGCGCCGUCAUCGUUACAUCCGCCAUCUACUUCCUCCUGCGGCUGAUCUCUAACCGAUGCAACCCCGACGACGACGACCUGGCCGUCGUCCCCGCCGCCCCCAGCUUCCUCAGCUCCUCCGGAAGCAGCCGCGUCUCCCCUGACGCGCCGCCUCUGGUCGAGGCACUCCCGGCGUUCACGUUCAGCACAGUCACCGGCGCCGCCAAGGACCGCGACUGCGCCAUCUGCCUCGCGAUUUUUCAGCCGCACGAUCGGCUCCGCCUGCUGCCGAUCUGCUGCCACGCGUUUCACGCCGGCUGCAUCGAUGCCUGGCUCGUCGCGAACCAGACCUGUCCGCUCUGCCGAUGCGCCAUUCACGCCUCCGAAUCGGAUAUUGCGAAGCGCCUACAGUCGCUGUCGGAAAGCGCCGUCACCGGCAACGAGAGCUUCCGUGUCGAGAUCGGCAACGUCAGUCUGCCGCGACGACCGGAGGACGAUGCCGGAGACGGUUGGAGGUCUUUCUCCAUUGGUUCGCUCCGUUACGUCGUCGAUGAGGAAUCAGAAAUUGCCGCCGGUAGCGUACAUCGGGCAGUUUUAUCAGACAAGGACGAGGAUGCCUCUCAGGGCCCAGAGCCGCCGGGACCGGAAUUAGCGGGGGAGGUUGCCAGAGAACGGAGCUGGCUCAGGGAGUACGUGGAGAGGUUGGCUUCGACGGCGUCGUCAUCCUCGUUCCGGAGUUCCAGCAGGUUCUUCACCGGAAGCAGCCGCCGGACUGAGACUCCCGCUGUCGACGUUGCGCUCUGCGACCUAGAGGCAAACCGGAUUGGACACGAGAUUAGUGAGAUGUUCCGGUGGUUCUCGAGCCUAUGAUCAUGUUGAGGUCAAUUUAGUAAUUUCAUUUUCAUUGUGGAUAUCAUAGAUAAUAACAGUUUUAAGGCUUACCCUGCCAUACAUUUUUUUGAAAAAUUAAACAUAAAAAUUAAAAAUUC